GAAGAAUUAUUGAACAUGCUAAAUGUUGUCUGUGUUAGAGAAGAAAGUAUUAACUUUGUAUAUGCAGAUCGACAAUCUGUGUAUCUUGCAUGGUUUGCUUUCUUAUUUUCACAGAUAAUGUUUCUGCCACUUAUUUCUGAAGAAAAGAAAGAAGGACGCAAAGAAGAGAAGAAGAAAGAUGAAAAAGAAACCAAACGUGUGAAAUAUAAAUUGAAAGACAAAAAGAAAUCCAAACGUCAGGAUUUUCACAUAGGCUUUUCUGAAGCUGGUGCUGUGCAACCAUCAGGAAACAUAUGCGAGAAACCUGUUUUUGGAGUUCCUUUAACUCUUGCUGUGGAAAGAAGUAAAUGUCAUGAUGGCAUCGAACUACCUGCUAUAUUUAGAGAAUGUAUUGAUUAUAUUGAGGAACACGGCUUGUUAUGUGAAGGAAUCUAUCGGAUCUCUGGAGUAAAAUCAAAAGUACAGAUGCUAAAAGAAGCUUAUAAUAAUGGAGUCCCUGCUUACCUUUAUGAACAUGAACCAAAUGUAGUUGCUAGUCUACUAAAGCAGUUUCUACGAGAACUACCAGAACCAGUGCUUACCACAGCAUUAAUGCCAAAAUUUGAAGAUGCUUCAACUAUAAAAAAUCAUUCAAAAUGUAUUGAGCAAUUUCGGACAUUGAUAGAUUUAAUACCCAAUUGUAACAGACUGUUGCUUUCCUGGAUGAUUGUUCACAUGACUCACAUUAUCAAAAGGCAAAAAGAAAACAAGAUGAGUCUCCAGAAUGUUUCAAUUGUUUUGAGCCCGACCAUGCAAAUCAGCCACCGUGUUCUAAAUGUGUUUUUCUCCAAUGUAAAGGAACUUUUUAGUGAUACUUGUAUAAAAAAAUAUAUUCCACCAUUAAAGCCUGCCACAUCUCGAUGGUCUCUUGAACUGCCGGAUAACCUUUCUGCCUUAGAGGAAGAAUUAGCUAAACAGGAAUCUUUAUUGGACCAGCUACAUGAAGAGCUAAAUGCUGGUGUUGAAGAUACAUCAAAAAACGAACAGCUGUGGGAAGUCCAGCGAGUUGUGACACAAUUAAAGAGAAAGAUAAAGUUUGCUCGUAAAACAAUGGAAGCAGCUGAAAAAAGGAAAAAAGACAUUGAGCAGCAGAAACGAGUGGCUUCUGUACAUGAAGAGGAUGAGUUGAAGCUGGAGUUACAGGAAAUCCCUUUAGCAAAUGAGUCUGAAAUUCAGGAAAAUGCUACAGAUGAACAGUUGGUAAAGAACAAACAGAAAACUGGUGAAGUUACUGUCAGUUUUGCUGAACCUGUGGUAGUUGAUAGUGAUGACAAGCAGUUAACUGAAAACCAAGAAACAGUAGAUGAAGCUGUAAUUAACCAUGUUGAAUUAACCACUGAUACUGAUGAGAAACAGCCUUUGCAUUCACAGGAAAAGCAGACAAUAACAACAGCAGAUGAAAACGUGGUCAACCAUAUUGCUGUUGAUUCUACUACAGUGACUACACAAGUGAUCGUAGAAAAUCAAAAUUCUAUUGACAACUCAACAAAAGCUGAAGUCGCAUGUGUUGGUAUCUCACAACAAAACCCUUUCGAAGAUAUGCUCGUAACUAACAGUGCCAACAAAUUCAGAAAGGCCAAGGAGUGA